AUGGCUUCCCGCUUCCACGCCGCAUCCACCGAUGCUGCCAUCGCCGCCGAGAACGAGUUCGCUGCCCACAACUACCACCCUCUGCCCGUGGUCUUCUCCAAGGCCCAGGGCGUCCACGUCUGGGAUCCCGAGGGCAAGCAGUACCUCGACUUCUUGUCCGCCUACAGCGCCGUCAACCAGGGCCACUGCCACCCCGAGCUCGUCAAGGCUCUUGUCGACCAGGCCUCCCGCCUGACGCUGAGCUCGCGAGCCUUCUACAACGAUGUGUUCCCCAAGUGGGCCGAGAAGGUCCGCAACGUCUUUGGCUACGACAUGGUGCUGCCCAUGAACACCGGCGCUGAGGCUACCGAGACGGCCAUCAAGAUUGCCCGCAAGUGGGCUUACAAGGUCAAGGGCGUUGAGCAGGGCAAGGCACUGGUCUUUUGCGUUGCCGAGAACUUCCACGGCCGAACCAUGACCGCCAUCACUCUGUCUACCGACCCCGAAUCCAAGGACAACUACGGCCCCUAUGUCCCCAACAUUGGCGCUACCUCUCCCUCCACUGGCAAGCCUAUCCGUUACAACAACGUGGCCGACCUGGAGGAGAUUUUGGAGACCCAUGGCAAGGACACCGCUGCUUUCAUCGUUGAGCCCAUCCAGGGUGAGGCCGGUGUUGUUGUCCCCGACGAAGACUACCUGACCAAGGUCCAAGCUCUCUGCAAGAAGCACAACGUCCUCCUCAUCUGCGACGAGAUCCAGACCGGCAUCGGCCGUACCGGCCGUCUGCUCUGCUCCGAGUGGGCCGGCAUCAAGCCCGACAUGGUCACUCUCGGCAAGGCCAUCUCCGGAGGCAUGUACCCCGUCAGUGCCGUCCUCAGCAGCAAGGAGAUUAUGCUGGUUGUUGAGCCCGGAACUCACGGUUCGACCUACGGCGGUAACCCCUUGGGCUGUGCCGUCUCCAUCCGAGCUCUGGAGAUUCUCGAGGAGGAGAACAUGACUGCCAACGCUGAGCGUCUGGGCAACAUCUUCCGCGACGGCGUGGCCGCUCUCAAGUCGCCCAUCAUCAAGACGAUUCGCGGCAAGGGUCUGUUGAACGCUGUUGUCAUUGACGAGGCGGCUGCUUCUGGCCGAACUGCGUGGGAUCUCUGCCUCCUGCUGAAGAGCAAGGGCCUUUUGGCCAAGCCAACGCACGGAGACAUCAUCCGCUUCGCGCCUCCUCUUGUCAUCACUGAGGAGGAGCUCAACAAGGGCCUUGGCAUCAUUGCCGAGGCCCUGAAGGAGCUUCCCACCGCCCCUCAGACCAACGGCCAUUAA